CUUCUGUAGACAGCUGUUUUUCAGCAGUUGUUUUUUAUUAUUCUCAGCAGCAAGUUCAUCAAAAUUGUUAUUGUUUUUUACUUCCCUAUUAAAAAAACAACCAUCAAUGUAGUAUUAUUGAUAAAAAAGUUGUUUUUAAUCGUAUUCAAGCAACGCAAAUAAACAAUUAAUGUGCAACAACAACUAAACAAUAAUAGCAAAAUAAAAAUUCAGUGCGAAAAUAAACAAGAACAAAAUAUUUCUUUGUUUGGUAGUGAAAAAAAAAAUAAAAACUGAACUACAAAAACUGUUUUUGGUAAUAGAAGAAAAUAGACACCUUAAAAACGGCGGGAAUUUCAGUAUAAUUAUAUUUGUGGAACACUUCCAUUGUUUAUAGCAUUUAUAUUAUUAAAAAUAGCAACAAAUUAUUGAUCUCUUAAAUUUGUCUGUUCACUUGUGUGUUUGUGUAACACAAAAGUAUGCGACAGAUUCUUUUUUUACUUUUUAUCCUUUUAACAAUAUUUCAUGUUGGUCAAGGCUUCUGGCCGUUUUCGCGUAAAAAAUCUGCUGCUUCCAUUACGCCCAGAGAAGAAAAACGCUUGUCACCGGUGAUAUUUGUUCCCGGUGAUGGUGGGAGUCAAGUAGAUGCUAGACUAAAUAAAUCAUCAUCCCCUAUAUGGUGUGCCAGUAAAUCGGAUUGGUUUAAUCUAUGGCUUAAUUUGGAACUAAUAGUCAUACCAGCUGUCUAUUGUUGGGUUGAUAAUGUUAAAUUGUAUUAUGACAAUAUAACACGUACAACUCAUAAUACACCUGGUGUAGAGAUACGUAUACCCGGUUGGGGUAAUCCUGAGGUAGUAGAAUGGAUAGAUCCUACACAUAACAAGGCUGGUGCUUAUUUCAAGGAUAUUGCCAAUAUGCUGGUGGAUAUGGGCUAUGAGAGAAGAAAAAAUCUGCAUGGAGCUCCUUAUGAUUUUCGCAAAGCGCCAAAUGAACAUAAACAAUUCUUUAUUGAUUUAAAGAAGCUAGUUGAAGAUACCUAUGAGGCUAAUUACCAAACACCGGUUACCUUUAUAACCCAUAGCAUGGGUAGUCCCAUGACAUUGGUUUUUCUAAGACAACAAACCCUUGAAUGGAAAGAUAAAUAUAUAGCAAGACAAAUAAGUUUGGCCGGUGCUUGGGCUGGUAGUAUAAAAGCUUUAAAAGUUUUUGCUAUGGGUGAUGAUCUCGAUUCGUUUUUCCUUAGUGGUAAAAUUUUAAAAGCUGAACAAAUUACUAAUCCCUCAUCGGCCUGGCUUUUGCCGUCUCCUCUAUUUUGGAAAAGUUCUGAAGUUUUAGUAGAAACACCUUCACGUGUUUAUACUAUGGCACAAAUGCAGGAAUUUUUCAAUGAUAUUGGCUAUCCGACUGCGUGGGAAAUGCGUAAAGAUACCUUGCCAUAUACUAUCAACUUUAGUCCUCCAGGUGUUGAGCUGCAUUGUCUUUAUGGUGAUGGUUUGGAUACGGUAGAGAGAUUACGCUACAAAAAAGAUGACGUUACCGAUGAUACACCCAAACUAAUAAUGGGUAUUGGAGAUGGCACCGUUAAUAGACGUUCCCUGCAAGCAUGUCAUCACUGGGCUGGUUAUCAAACUUCGAAUAUAUCAACAUUAGCUUUAAGUGGUGUCGAUCAUAUGGGUAUUCUAAUCAAUCAAGAUGUUUUGAAUUAUAUUAAAAAUGUUUUGAAAUUAUAGACUUUAUGGUAAAAAAAAAAUGAACAAAAGCACUCAGACACAAAUUUUGUAAUAUUUAGUUUUUCUUUUAUAUUUAGUAGUAAAUUUAUGUGACUAAUUUACCUAACGGUGAUGUAUAGUUGUAACGCUGUAUGUUGUAAAGUUUUCAGAUUAGUUUUGAUUUCGUUUAGAUAACACUACAAUAACAAAUCAUCAGUUGUGAAUUGGAAAAAAUAGUCUGAUCUGUU